UCAGCUGGCUGCCCGGCUCAGAGCGCUCUGGGGCCGGUCAGAGGACGGACAACAACCCCUCAGAUGAAGACCCUCAUGCCUCACCUUGCGAGCCAUGAUGGCGGGGGGACGUGGAGAUUGUUCUGCUGCAUGAACAGGUUCCGAACCGGGAGUCUGAUCCAGAACUCAGGAUGCUGAGAUGGUCGCAGCGCUGCUUUAUGUGGAAACCAUGGCAACCAAGCAGGGCGCACAGGAGACCGAACCCGACCAGAACAUGAGGAUGUGACUGAGGCAGGCCGGGCCUCGUCAGAACUGGCAUCAGGUCCAGCUUUAAAUACAGAGUCAAACUAUUUUAGUUUUAGAAUAUGAUGGAACAGUUUUAAUCCCAAUUGUUUUCCUGCGAAAUAAGUGCAUGAAUUCAAUCCUUGGACCUCCAUCACUCAUGAUAUUUAUGAAUCGUUACAUUUUAUGUUAGUGAAAAUACAGGUUUUAUACUCAGUCUAAAUUACACAAAUUCAGCCUAUUUUACGUAUAAAAAUAAGAAAUCAUGAUAUGCAUAACCUAUUAUAAUGGUUACAAGAGCGUUCAGAAAUAUUUUAGAAACAUAAAAAUUCAAUGCCACAUCCUGCAGAUGACAUUGUCUCAAUGUGCCAAGCGACCUUUGACCUCAUUUGGUUAUUUCAUCAAUGAGGCAAAAGCAGAUGAAAGUGUUGGUCUGAACAAAUCUGCCUGUGAGGACGUUGUCCCUGUCAGCAGACCUGGACCUGGCCUGGUCCUGAACCAGAUUCAGGCCUGGCGUCGUCGUGUCAUUCAGGGCGAAGGCUGCAUGGCGACUACAGCGUAUCCACCCUGAGUCCGAGAUCCGCUGCCCGGCCUCGGCCCGGUUCCAGGACCGGACCCGUCUGCGGCUCAGCUCCCGUAUCGUCUCAGUCUGAGUGUUGAUCGCCCUGCAGAUCCCACCAACCCGGCAGCCAUGAUGUGGCCUAAACGGCCGCCAGCGUCUUCCCACAUUCCUGAUGAUCCAGGUAUCGGCCAUCAUGCAUCCAACCAUCUACAUCUUCAUCAUCGACUGACGGCGUCGUCAGACACACGGUCUUCCACUUCCAUCCAGGAUCCAUCCUGUAUCCGGUGAAGGAUGUCCCGUCGGGACACAGGACUCCUCUUUCCCGUUUCCCAGAGAAAAUAUUCCAUCAGUUGCAUUGAGAGACCAGCUGACCAGAUCCAUCAUUUGCAGCUUUGGAAGCUUUUCAAAAGAAAGACUCUGAAAACAGACGCUGAGCAGGAAGAUGGAGGACAGAGACGGAGACGGGGCGUCCUCCUCCUCAGAAGGACAGAGCAGACCAGCCAGCAGAGGGUGAACUGGUUGCUCUCUGGGCCUCUUCAGGGCCAGCAGGUGAUAGUGACAGCUUCCUGUUCCUAUUCCAGGUCGCAGUCUGACCUCUGACCCCUCUGAGGAGCAGCAGCAGCGCCAUGCAGGGCGCAGCAGCAGAGGCGGGGCCGACAGAACGUGGUGGCCUCAUCGACACCCACAGGCCGGGGGCGGAGCCUCCCCAGCAGCUGGAUCCCCGCGCCCCGGCUGGGGGCGGAGCCUGCUGCGAGACCACCUUCAUCGAAAGCCACGCCCCCACCUGUUGCUCAACCGGAUCUUCCAGGGAGACGCUGCGACGCUCUGACAGCAAGUUACUGGAGCUCAGUGGAGACGAGGCCAAGAUUCCCCCGAUAACCUUUGACCCGGUCAGGGACGAGGAGUUGGAGGUCAGCAUCCAUCCAUCAUCCAUCCAUCAUCCAUCAUCCAGUGAGCCUGAUGCCUUCCUGCUUCCUCCCAGAGAUCAUCGGAGCCUCAGCGUUUUCUCCAUGCUCUGCUGCUUCUGGCCACUCGGCAUCGCUGCCUACUACCUGGCGCACCAGACCAGCCGGGCGGCGUCCACAGGUGACCUCCACCUGGCCGGCUCCACCUCCAGGCGGGCGCUCUUCCUCGCCGUUCUCUCCAUCACCAUAGGAACCGGGAUCUACGUGGGCGUCGCCGUGGCGCUCGUCGCCUACCUGUCCAAGAACCAGAAGUGGUAGCCAUGGCAACAGCAGCUGGAUCUGGAGCCUCGGGGUUCUACGGGUUUUUGGACGUUUGUAAACCUUCAUCAUCAUCAUCAUCAUACUUUAUCUGCCAGGUGGACGAGGAACCAGCAGAACCGCUGUGGUUCUGGUCCAGACGGUUCCGAUUCCCACUGGGAGGUUCUGGUUGCUCUGAACUGAAGCCGGUUCUGGUUCUGGUUCAGUUCUGGUUCUGUUCAUGGAUCUCACGGGCCAAUGGUACCGGACCGGCCCAGCAGAACCAUGUGGGCCGGGUUUCCCUCAUUCAGCUGUGGACGACUGGUCCAGAAGGUUCUGCAGCUCUGACCCUGAUGCAGGUUCUGCUCAGGUUCUGUUCUGUGGCGCCGAGAGGGAGCCACGCUGCCACCUGAGCGUCCAGAGCCGGACCCGACCCGACCCGGUCCCCCCCGGUGUUUCUUCCUGCGUCAGCAGAACUAAUCUGUCCUCUGAGCUCAUUAACGUCCUGAUCCGUUUAGCUGCUGCUAAUAUGGGCCAGAACCAGCAGAACCAGAACCAGCAGGUUCUGCAGAAGGUCCAGAGAACUCAGAAUGUCUGAUGAGGCUGUGACCUUUGACCCAGGUGCGGUCCAGGUUCUGGAGCCGUUUUGGGCCGACCCUCUUCAGAACUGGUCUCCUGUGGUUCUGUUCAUGACCCGUUUAGGUCCAUUUUGUUCCUAAAUAAAUGUAUUUUUAAAUACUUGAA